AUGGUGCGUAAAUUCACAGAGAAACAUGAAUGGAUAACAACAGAAAAUGGUAUUGGAACAGUGGGAAUCAGCAAUUUUGCACAGGAAGCUUUGGGAGAUGUUGUUUAUUGUAGUCUGCCUGAAGUUGGGACAAAAUUGAAAAAACAAGAUGAAUUUGGUGCCUUGGAAAGUGUGAAAGCUGCUAGUGAACUCUAUUCUCCUCUAUCAGGAGAGGUAACUGAAAUUAAUGAAGCCCUUGCAGAAAACCCAGGACUUGUCAACAAAUCUUGUUAUGAAGAUGGUUGGCUGAUCAAGAUGACACUGAGUAACCCUUCAGAACUAGAUGAACUAAUGAGUGAAGAAGCCUAUGAGAAAUACAUAAAAUCUAUUGAGGAAUGACAGUGGAACCCUUACAUGAACUAGUAUGGAAUAACUUAAUCCAGCACAGUUUUCUCUUAAAUUAGUGGCGGACAGGACUUAAAAUAGCAACUUUUAGCAAUCUUGAUGGAAGAAAUACUACUUUCAACUCUGCUACUGGAAGAAAAUAUACCCUAACUUUGUAAUGAAUGCAGAAAAACUCAAUAUGCAUCUUUUUCACAGUACCUUGUGAUUUUUAUACUAGGCCCUAGGCACUGGUAUUCAGAAUACAUGAAGUUAUCUGUGGUAAAAACUAGUUUUACAAAUAAUGUAAUUCAAGGAUAACAUUGUUAUCUUAAGCCUUAUGUAAUAUUGUAACUUGCUUAUACUCAUCCCUGGAUUGGGGUCAAAAUAUGUAAUGAUCUUUCUGUUGGAAGUAACUGGGAAUACACAACAGUUUUUGUUAGUUGUACAGUGCCAGAGAAAGAACAAUACUAUCUUAAUUUUUGCAAUAUACUGCAUUUGCUGGUGCUGUUUUAUGCAGUGAAGCAGCAGCUCUACAGCAAAAUAAGAAACAUAAAUAAAGUUUCAACUUCCU